GCGAAGCGGAAGUUAAUAAAGUCGACGUCAGUGUCGGACCGGCUAACACGAGUUGCCUGUUGUCAUUUCUAAACUAUAACCAAUAUCCAAAUACGCUGGGUAUCAGUGAUGGCAGCGGUGGGAUGUUGUUCAACAGAGUCCUGUCGGAUAAAUUCUGCAUGAACUCUGAAGUGCUGUACAGGGAGCGAAGUCCAGAUUAUUGAUUGACGAGAGCUCAAACCCACAAUCAGCGGUCCGCAACGACAUGGAGGAGAAGAAGAAGAUUCUGUGUGUCGGUCUGGUGUGUCUGGACAUAAUCAACGUUGUUGACAAGUAUCCAGAAGAAGACACUGACAGCAGGUGUUUGUCUCAGCGAUGGCAGCGUGGAGGAAAUGCUUCAAACUCGUGCACGGUGCUGUCACUGCUCAAGGCUCCAUGUGCCUUCAUGGGCUCGCUGGCUGCUGGUUCUGUGGCAGAUUACAUCAUGGCCGACUUCUUACAACGCACAAUUGAUGUCUCAAUGGUGGUUUGGCAGUGGAAAGGUCAAACUCCAUGUGCAUGUUGUGUGGUUUGUCCAUCCAGCGGAUCUCGAACUGUCUUUCUCUAUGAUAC